ACAGCUUUACGUAGCUCACCUGGACUCUUAUCUGAGCUGCCAGAGGGCUCAAAGGAAUCGCCAACAUAGUACAUGCAUACUCUCUUAUUUCUUGAUCCAGAUAUAUAAAAUACUCACUUCGUACGUUGUUUUGCGUUCUUAUCCUCUUCAACUUAUUAUACAUUAUUACCAGAUAGAUCCGCGCAUCAGUCUUUCUCUCCAUCAACAUCAACAUAGAGUCAAGGCAUCAUGUCAACCAGCGCAACCUCAUCCGCCUCAUCCAUUCGCAAAUUCGUCUCCUUCGCGGGUGGCCUCCUAUCGCAGAUACCAAUAAUCAACAAUCCAUCAUCCUCCUCGUCGACUGGCACGACUCCUAGACCCUAUAUACCCUUCGGUAAUGCACCAGCGUGUCCGGCAAACUCUCCUCUCUCCUGCCAUAACAGCACUACCGCACCGGAUUCCUGCUGCUUCAUUUAUCCCGGUGGUCAGCUUCUCCAGACGCAGUUCUGGGACUACAGUCCUGCAAUAGGCCCUGUCGAUAGUUGGACUCUCCAUGGCCUUUGGUUUGUUCAUCUGCCAUCAGUAGUCGUAUGAUCUAAAGCUUACCAGAUAUCGCAGGCCGGAUCUUUGCGAUGGCUCUUAUCCGACUUAUUGUCAUGAAACACCGCGAUACUACAACAUAACCUCUAUCCUAACCGCCGCGUCCCAAACCAAUCUACUCGCAUACAUGAAUGAAUAUUGGCUUCCUAACCGUGGAUCCGCCGAAACAUUUUGGCAACAUGAGAUGAACAAACACGGAACAUGUGUAAAUACUCUUGCGCCAUCGUGCUAUGGCGACAAAUACGAAGCCGGCGAUGAAGUUGUCGAUUUCUUCGCGAGAGCUGUGGGAUUAUUUAAAGAACUGGAUACCUAUAAAGCGCUUGAGAAAGCAGGGAUUGUGCCAAGUUAUACGGCUACUUAUACCGAGAGCCAGAUUCAGGCUGCAUUGACUGCGGUUACUGGAAGUGAGGUUGUGUUGGGUUGUUCGUAUGGGAGAUUGAACCAAGCCUGGUAUAGUUUUAAUGUCAAAGGGAGUUUACAAUUGGGAGAGUUUGUGGCUACCGCUCCAGCUGGGAAAGGCGGGAGAGGUACUUGUCCUAGAAGAGGGAUUAAAUAUUUACCCAAGAAGGGUUAUUGAGCCUGUUUAUGUAUCUGAUGCGUUUAGUGUCCCAUCAGAGUAAGACGCGCAUCAGACUCGAUUUGAUCGGGGUUUUGUACUUGUUUUUGCUUCUCGGAAGGAGCAUGGUAUUGCAUUUGCAUAGGAUAAAGGUUGGUAUGCCGCUUGGAUCUUUAGAUGUACAAUAAAGAGUUGUCAUACAGAAAUCAUUGCAUUGAAACCUUCCUUUGGUAUCUACAUGUUUACCACAGGACAUACGUAAUCAUGCA